GUUUGAUUCAGUCCAGAGCGUCAGCCAACAGCACCUGACAUCACAUAUACCACGUUUUAGUCAGUCCAGACAACAGCACCUGACAUCACAUAUACCAGGUUUUGAGUCAGUCCAGAGCGUCAGCCAAGGUUACCUGACAUCAUAUAUACCAGGUUUUGAUUCAGUCCAGAGCGUCAGCCAACAGCACCUGACAUCACAUAUACCAGGUUUUGAGUCAGUCCAGAGCGUCAGCCAACAGUACCUGACAUCACAUAUACCAGGUUUUGAGUCAGUCCAGAGCGUCAGCCAACAGCACCUGACAUCACAUAUACCAGGUUUUGAUUCAGUCCAGAGCGUCAGCCAACAGCACCUGACAUCACAUAUACCAGUCCAGAGCGUCAGCCAACAGCACCUGACAUCAUAUAUACCAGGUUUUGAAUCAGCCCAGAGCGUCAGCCAACAGCACCUGACAACAUCACAUAUACCAGGUUUUAAAUCAGUCCAGAGCGUCAGCCAACAGCACCUGACAUCACAUAUACCAGGUUUUAAUCAGUCCAGAGCGCGCCAACAGCACCUGACAUCACAUAUACCAGGUUUGAAUCAGUCCAGAGCGUCAGCCAACAGCACCUUGACAUCAUAUAUACCAGGUUUUGAGUCAGCCCAGAGCGUCAGCCAACAGCACCUGACAUCAUAUAUACCAGGUUUUGAGUCAGUCCAGAGCGUCAGCCAACAGCACCUGACAUCAUAUAUACCAGGUUUUGAGUCAGUCCAGAGCGUCAGCCAACAGCACCUGACAUCACAUAUACCAGGGUUUGAAUCAGCCCAGAGCGUCAGCCAACAGCACCUGACAUCACAUAUACCAGGUUUUGAAUUAGUCCAGAGCGUCAGCCAACAGCACCUGACAUCACAUAUACCAGGUUUUGAAUCAGUCCAGAGCGUCAGCCAACAGCACCUGACAUCACAUAUACCAGGUUUUGAAUCAGCCCAGAGCGUCAGCCAACAGCACCCUGACAUCACAUAUACCAGGUUUUGA